AUGACUUGCUCGGCUUGCUCUGGAGCCGUGGAACGUGUUUUGGGAAAGCUGGAUGGUGUAAAGUCUUACAAUGUGAAUCUGGAACAGCAAACAGUAAAUGUCCAGGCCACAGCCCCCUUUGAGACGGUACUUGAGAAGAUCAAGAAGACUGGUAAGGAAGUCCUCUCAAGCAAGGUGGUCUCAUAA